AUGGAAGUCCAGGAAGCUGGAGAUCAACUUUCAAGUUCGCGGUUGGGAGUUUUGGUCACCAUUCAAAUGGUUCUAAGAGCUACAAUUGAGCUAAAUGUGUUCAAUAUAAUUGCAGAUGUGGGGCCCGAUGCUUAUCUCUCUGCAGCAGAAAUCACUUCAAAGAUCCCAACAACCGAUCCAAAUUCUGCUGCGUACACUUUGGAGAGAAUACUAAGAUUUCUGGGGGCACAGUCCAUCUUAUCGAGAUCUCAAAAACCAUUGGGAAAUAAUGGAGAAAAUGCACGCCAUGAAUGGACCUAUGGCCUAACAAAAAUGAGCUGA